AUCUCUGUCUUCGUCAUCCUCGGGACCUGACCUCCGAUUCAGGAACAGCAAGUCCCAAAUGUUGCUAUCUUCAAACUCAGAUACGUCAGGGAAGCAAGCACCCAGGAUGUCUGCCACGCAUAGUUUGCUUGUCAGACACCACCACUGCUCUGAAAUGGCUGUUUACAACAAACUGGCUCUAUGACUUAACCAGUCUCUGCUCCUAUGGAUCUGAGUGAAAUUAGAGGCAGACUGGAUGUGAUCGCAGAAGAAGCAGAGCAGCAGGACUUGAGCAGAGAAUCGACCACCAUGGAGACAAACAAUGUACUUCCAGACAAAGGAGGAAGAACCUUCCAGAGGUUCUCUGUUAACACCAAUGAGUCCCUUCAUUUUGAUCCCUGUGAAGGCAGCUCUCCAUCUCCCACUGGGGCAGAAGAUGGACAUGACAAUGAUGUGUUUAAAAUAGAGCAAAAUGAGAGUGAGAUCAUCUCGAUCAGGAAUCGGCUGCAGGGGAAGGUUGCUGAGAUGGAGAACUUUGCUGGUCAUCUGGAGGAAAUCUUUCUCACCGUGGAGGAGAACUUUGGUCGUCAAGAACAGCACUUGGAGCAGCACUACAACGAUGUGCUGCAGACGUUGUCUCAGCGAUAUGACGACAGGGCGGCUGGAUUGGAGGAGGAGAAGAAAAAUAAAUUGGAAUCCCUUUACAAUCAGCUGCUGGCCUGCGGGAAGGCACUGGACGCCUCUAAAGAGCUUAUCGAGACAGCACAGGAGAUCUACCGCAGCCAGGACAAGAGGCUUUUCUUGAAGACAGUUAUGACUACCAUUAAGAGAAUUGAGGAUUUUGCCAAAGAGGAUGUUGACCUCACGUUGUCUACAAGUCUUGAAUUUAACACACCUCUUGCUGAUCUGUCAGAUGUCAGAACUAUGAUGGAUUCCAUCAACGUUGUUCCAGCUCCAUCUGCACCAGUAAUCAACCCCCAGAUGCCAAACUCGGCAACACAGACAUCCCUGCAUGUGUGCUGGAGCUUGUUCUCUGAUGACACAGUGGAGUAUUAUGAGCUUUACUACAGACCAGUGCUGGAGGAGGCACCUGCAGACAGCACCUGUGUACCUCAUGAAAGCAAGAUAAAAGUAAAGGAGACUCACUGUACUGUGACAGAUCUGCUGCCCAAUGCUCAGUAUGAGCUGUGGGUGACGGCUACCAACACCACAGGCAUCAGCCCAGCGAGUGAGAAAGCCUUGUAUAUGACGGUGCCAUCACCUCCUGUGAUCAAGCAGAGGGAGUGCACUAGCUGCCCAGAAGCUGCUCUGAUCCGCUGGGAGUCGGGAAACACAAACCCUGUAGACUCUUACACCGUGGAGUUCAGUGAGAUUGGUAGUGAUGGAGCAGAGAGCAGCAUGACCGAGUCUAUAGUAGCAGUGCCUACCUGUCAAUGUCUGAUCCAGCUGCAGACAGGACAGCAUUACCUCAUCUCUGUGAAAGCUGUCAACAUUGGUGGGCCCAGUGACAGAAGCAAAGUUAUUACAUUGUCCACAACAGGUACAUUCUUCUACCUCCUGGAGGAUACCGCCCACCCCUGCCUGUCCAUCUCUGAAGAUGGUUUCACCAUCUUUUAUGGAGACGAGGAACUGCCAAUAAGUGCGAUGGCAUUAGAUGACAACGCUUUUACGAGAUGUGUAGCCAUUCUAGGAGAUCUGAUUCCAGUGCAGGGAAGGCACUACUGGGAAGUUGAGGUGGAUGAUGUGACAGAGUUUCGGAUUGGAGUUGCAUAUGAGGACACUGAGAGGAACUCAUACCUUGGGGCUAAUAGUACCUCCUGGUGCAUGAGACACAUUCUCAGUCCAUCCAGGCAUAAAUAUGAAUUUCUGCACAAUGGUUGGAGUCCUGACUUGAGGAUUACAGUGCAUCCCUUGCGGAUUGGAGUGGCACUGGACUACGACAGGGGUACACUGUCCUUCUUCAACGUAAAUCUGGAGCAACACCUGCACACUUUCCAAUGUCACUUCCAAAAUCAUGUCCAUCCCUGCUUCAGCCUGGACAACCCUGGAGCGCUUACUGUUCACAACGGCAUAGAGGCUCCUGAAUACACAUUUAUCUGACUCCAGAAAUCUCAUGUAAUAACUUCAUAACAUAUGAAGUUAUGAAAUUAGUGUUUUAAUACUCAGCAGAGUGAUGGAUGAAAUCCUUUGACAUCCUCAUGACAUCCUCUAAAUGAAAAAAAUAAACCUUUCCUUUUUGAACAAAGACU